CAGACAGACUUUGUGAACGUACUCGCGAAUGUCAUUGCGUUAUUGUAAAUAUUUAGAUGUUAAAUUGUUAAAAAAAUAAUUUCAAAAUGGACAAACGAUCUUGCAAGUUAUUAAUAGCAGCAACAGGUAGCGUAGCAGCGCUAAAAAUCCCGAUUCUAAUAAAAACUCUGUUAGAUAUACCUGAGGACGAAAUGACUUAUGUGUUUGAGGUGCACCUAAUAGUGACGGAGCAUGCGAAGCAUUUCUUCAAGAUGUCGGAUUUGCCCGCGCACGUCAAGGUGUACGAUGAUAGCUUGGAAUGGCAAGCCUGGAAGCAGAGGGGAGAUCCUGUGCUGCAUAUAGAGCUAGGCAAGCUCGCUGACAUCAUGCUGAUAGCUCCACUAGACGCUAACACGCUCGCGAAGAUGGCACAAGGCAUAUGCGACAACCUCCUUACCUGCACAACUCGUGCAUGGGACAUGUCAAAGCCGCUAGUCUUCUGUCCAGCAAUGAACACUAGGAUGUGGGAGCACCCAAUCACAGCUCAGCAGAUUGACAUGCUCAAACAUUGGGGGCACGUUGAAAUACCACCGAUUAGUAAGAAACUCAUGUGUGGGGACACGGGUAUCGGUGCCAUGGCGGAGGUAGAAACUAUAGUAGAGAAGAUUAAAAGCAUCGCUGACUUAAAAUUCAAUGUUUCUUUUGACUAA